GAUCUAGGAAUUAGUGAAUGCCAGUUAAACAGUGAGAAUAGUGAUAAUAACAAAGUCAAUGAACCUGUAAAUGAAUCAAUGAGUGAUAUUGAAAAUGUCGAAAAUGAAAGAACUUCUAUAAUUAAUGAACCUAAUAUUGGAUCAGGUGUUGUACCUUUUGUUUUUGUUAAUGAUCCUAUUCCAGAAUUUUUUGUUGAUAAAAUUAAGGAACCAAGAACUUCAAACUAUCCAGCUUCAAAUGAUUCUAUUUUGGUUGAAGAUAAUGAUUUAGAUGAAGAAAUCGAAGAACAAGAAAAUUUGGUUCGAAAGCGCAAAAUCAACCGAGAUUAUAAAGCAUCAAAAAAAGCAAAAAAAAAAGAUAUUAAUAUUACAACUGAGCACAACAAUGAAAGUUCACAUGGUGGUGAGCAAAAUAAUGAUGUUGAAGUUAUGUCAGAUUUAUCGAAAAUAACAUUGGAAAAUAGCCAGGCUAACAAUUUAAUUGAUGAAACAACUAUUAGAGUAUCUUCAAAUUCAAAUGAUUCAGAGUUUUCAGAAUUAGAUUAUGAUACUAAUUUAAAUAUAAGUAGAAAGAAAAAGAAGUUUGAUAAAAAAGGAAAAGAGCAAGAUACGAAUUACAAGAAUCGUACAUCUGCGUAUGUUGACGAGUUAAGUAAUAGCGAACCAGUUAAUGAUGAUACUUUAGUAAAUAAUGAAGAUUCUGUAAAUGUUAAUUCUGAACAACGAAUAGAACAAUCGACGAAAAGCAAUUAUCCAGAAUCAAAAUUACUGGAAUUUGUAGAUUUAUUGAAGAAAACAAGAAGAGAAAAGGGAACGUCAGAGAGUUUUAAGUCUCAUGAUCCAAGCAAAAUAUUUGAAAUGUUUUCUCAGCCUAUCAACAAUUACUUUAAUGAGGAAGUCUUCGAAGGGUUAAUGGAAUCCGAACAACUCCCAAAGAAAAUGGAGGAUAUUCAAAGCUGCUCUAAAUAUCUAAAAAUUUGGGAUUCACAUUACAAUAAUUGUAAAAGAUUAAUCGGAAUUCAGGAUUAUAAAAUGUUGAAAUUAACUUAUUCAUUAACUAAAGUAUUUUUUAACAUGCUAAAGAUUUGUUAUCAGGAACAAGUCAAAGAUACAUCAUUAGCAAAAAACUCUGAUCAUUAG